AUGAAAGAUUUAAGUAAGAGCGGAAUUUAUAGUAAACAGUUUUCCUUAAGCCAGAACAAGCACAAUAGUAGGCUUGAGAAAAGAUUAAGUGGGUUACACUUUAGCAUUGAGUUGCAGAAAAAUGAAAAAAUAGAAAAAUUAAAUGAAAAGAUCAACGCAUUAGAGGAGAAGCUUGUGGAAAUGAACGAAAACUCUAAUAGGACAUUCGAAAGAUUGAAUGAAAAGCUUAACGAUAUUAAAAUGGAUGUUAAUAAUUAUAAAGCUGAGUUGGAGGAAUUUAAAAAUGACCACCAAAUGAAAUUACAAGCCCUUGAGCAAAAAGCGGAAGAUUUUAUAAACAAAGAAAAGGAAGAGUGGAACAAACUUAAAAUAAAAUUGAUAAAAGAUUUUCAAAAUAAAGCUAGCUUAUUAAAGGAGGAGAUUACAGAGGAAUAUGACCUUCUGGAGGAAAAGGAAGAUUCGUUAAAAAAAUAUUAUGACUGCGAGAUUAACAAUCUGAAAUCUAUUGUUCAAAAUGAAAUAAGCGAAAGGGUAAAAACAGAAAAGGAAAUUCUAAGGGAUGUAGAUGACAAAAUAAACGAAAUUAUUAAAAUUAUUAAGAAUGAGAAAAUUACAAGAGAAAAUUAUUCUGAAAAUUUAGUAUCCCUUAUUGAGCAAUACUUUUCAAGAAUAAAAAAAGAAAUAGAUAAAGAACGACUGGAAAGGAAAGAUACGGAAGAAACCCUAGUUCAUCUAAUGGAAGAAGCUUUGGAUAAAAUAGGCAUACCUUUUGCAUAA